AUGAAAGAAAAACUUGGCAGAAUAUACAAAGAGGGUAAUAAAUCAAUCCGUAAUGACCACAACAAUCACAGAUAUGAGAUUAUUUCAAGAAACAUCGAGAAUUUUAGGAGUGCCAAAAAAGCCUAUAAAGAAUUAACUACAUUCAAAUCAUGGAUUCAGAAACUUGAGCAAAACUCACAAGACGCAAAUUCUAGAAGAGAUGUAAUAAGCCAUGCAACAAAGUUUUACAAAAACUUAUACACCAAACAAAAUAACACGGAAAUGGAAACGCAAGCAACCCACAAAAAUACGAGUGACAGCAUCAAACCAAUUGAAGACUUCGAAGUUUACGAAUAUGUCAAUAAGCUGAAGGCUGAGAAGAGUCCCGAACCAGAUGGAAUAUGCAAUGAAGCCCUAAAAUUGGAGCGCCCAUCUUAA